AUGUACAAAGGGCCGGAGGAGAGAAAUGAAAUGAUAUCUUCACACGGCAAAAUGGAAGCAGCAGUUUCACAACAAGAACAACAAGAACAACUUAAGCGUAGACACCAGCACAGGGGAAGAAAACUCUCCGAGGAGAUUGCCUCUCUACUGAGGCUCAAAGAGUCCAGGAGGCUCAAUCCGACCGCUCACUAUACUCCACGUAGGUCAUCGCAGUCACAAUCGACAAGCGGGUCCACUUUCAAAGAAUAUAACGAGUACGUUAAUGAGAAGGAUGCAAGUAGAUCCCAGCGCCAGAACGCUGCCGUUAUUUUAAGCAAACUCGCUCAUGACUUCUGGGAGAACGACUGUGUCAUUGACGAGGACAUAUUCGAGGAUUCGUCCGACGAAGAACAAUCAUGA